AUGAAGCUGAUUCACUGUGCCAGCGGGCGCGUCGAGAGCGACUGGGCAGAGGGCGUGCCCCCUCCGUAUGCCAUCUUGUCCCAUACCUGGGCCCAACCGCGGGAUGGAUCCCCCGCCGAGGUGUCCUACCAAGAUUACGUGACCGGUCGCAAGGCCUCGCCCUCCCGCAACUGGGACAAGAUAGACAGGGCCAUCCAGAUUGCCAUUGAGGACGGGCUGGAGUACAUCUGGAUAGAUAGCUGCUGCAUCGACAAGACCAGCAGUGCGGAGCUGAGCGAGGCCAUCAACUCCAUGUUCCAGUGGUACUCCGCAGCCGCCGUCUGCUACGCCUACCUGGAGGAUUACGACAAGGAGGCCAAGGGCAAGCUGGCGAGCUGCAAAUGGUUCUACCGCGGGUGGACACUGCAGGAGCUCAUUGCCCCGGCGAGGGUCGAGUUCUACGACAAGGACUGGAAGAAUCUUGGAUCGCGCCAGAGCCUGAGCGAUGCAAUUGCCGAUAUCACCAAUGUGGAUAGGGAGAUCCUCCUAGCAGACAGUGUAGAGGCGACCAGUCGACUUCUGUGUCAGGCACCGAUUGCGAAGAGGUUCUCCUGGUCAAGCAAGCGAGCAACCACCAGGCCGGAGGAUCUGGCAUACUGCCUGCUGGGGAUAUUCCAAGUCAACAUGCCUCCGCUGUACGGCGAGGGGCGCAGAGCGUUCAUUCGGCUGCAGAAGGAGAUCAUGAAGGACAGCGACGACCUCACCAUCUUCGCCUGGCAGGCCCCUCCCGGCUAUAAAGUGUCUAUGUCCGAGUUCCGCGGCAUCCUGGCAACCUCCGCGGAUGAGUUCUCGCUCCCUGCUGAGGUUAUGCCCACUCAUGCAGCGGGCUUCAACCCAAGUUUUGAAGUGACGAACAAGGGUUUGAAAAUCGACGUGCCCCUCAAGACAACAGCCAAUAGCGAAGACAUGUGGAUGUCGUUGAAUUGCCGGUACGGAUUCGAGCGUGCGACUCUUGGAGUGCUCCUCCGAUAUCAGGGCGCCAACCGCUACAUCCGUUCCAAACCACAGGUUCUGCAGUUUGAGCCGCCGGGAGAGUGGACACGGCCAGGGCAGAUUUUCAUCAUCCUGGACACCGCCGUAGCCAUCACUACGAUUCUGGAGCCAAGUGCGGUCCAUCAGAACUCGUUUGCCUUUUCGCUGAACGAGUACCGUCUUCAGAUGGUCUCAGUCUCCCACCCCAACCGCUGGUACCAACCAAAGAACACAAUGAAUACCUAUGGAGAACCUAACUUCGUUGGUUGCUACUUCUUUCGGACACGAAAGACGUUGGUCCUGCUGGAGACGGACAUUGUCCUGGCGUUUGGAGUUGGGUCCCGUGGGGAGCCCUGGGCAUGUCUUGGGAUUGGCAAAGGCCGCAAAGCCAGCGCGGGAAUGCAAGGAAAGGUGGAGAUGAACACAGACCUGUAUGAUGCGGCCGUCGAGGAGAAAUGGGACAGGGUCCGCCAGCUCGGCAUGACGCAGCAGAUUCACGGGAUCCGGAUCUACCAUUCGGUAGAUGGGCGCGGCAAAUGGGGCCUGUUCGCCUCAGUCGCCCCUCUGGAGAUGAUUUCUAAAGAAGGAAUCUAUAGCGUAAAGAUAGGCUGUGAGCCUUUUAGCGAUAGUUCGUUUGCUCCCGGGCUCAAGGGGGCGUUGAAGCCAGUAUGA